CAAGAAAUAAUACAAAUGGAACAUAAUUGGAUUAAUUGUGCUAAUGGAGCUGCACCCUCUAUGGCUGUUGUAGCUGGCCAUGAUUCGGAUGGUGAUACCAUUUAUAUAGGCCGUGCUGAGUAUUCAGGCGAUCUUUUACCCGCCAAAGUUGUACCCAAUAAAGGCAAAGCCUACGUGUCUUUUGGUGGCCAAGAAGUCGAAGUUGAGUCAUAUGAGGUGUUGAGUGGUUUACGUUAUCAAUGGAUUCCGGCCGCUAAUGGUGAUGUGCCACCUGCUGCUGUUAAGGUGGGACGAGCUGCUGAUGGUGACUUUUUGUAUGCUGGUCGUGGCAACUACGAGGGCAGUUUGACAGUGGGCAAAGUUCAUCCCUCUCAUGGUUGCUUGUAUAUACCUUACGGCGAUCAUGAAGUUAAACUCACCGAAUAUGAGGUCUUAACACAACCCGAUCAAUGGAUUGCUGCUACCGCCGAUUCCAUGCCCGAAGAUGCUUUGGAAGGUGGUCGUGAUGCCGAUGGUGAUGCCAUUUAUGUGGGUCGCGUCUUUAAGGAUGGUGAUCUUAUGCCUGCCAAAGUUAUUCCCAACAAAGGUGGAGCCUAUGUGGCCUUUGACAGUGAGGAACAUAAAGUGGAAAAUUUCCAAGUUUUAGCUGGUGCUGGUUUUCUGUGGACUCACUGCGAUAAUGGUAAUAUUGUGCCAGGUGCUGUGCCAGCUGGUAAUACCAGUGAUGGAGAGACUUUAUACAUUGGCCGUGCUGAGCAUGAAGGCAGCAUUUGUGUGGGCAAAGUGCAUCCCUCUCAUGGAUGUUUGUAUUUGCCCUAUGGCGGUGGUGAGAUUAAAGUUGAGUCAUAUGAAAUUCUUGUUAGAAUUUAAGGAAAUGAAUUUAUGGACUGUUUUUAAUUUAAUAAUUUAAGAUACAAAUAUUAAUAAAAUUUAAAUUUUUUUAA